GUUCCAAUUAGUCAGACGGGGCCAGGGUGCGGCUUCGCGAGAAGCGAUUGGUCGAGAGGGCGUGAACGCUCUCCAGGUGCCCAGCGUCCAUUGGCUCGGGACGCAUUCCCGCUCCUCCUUCCGGCAGAGAGAAGGAGCCGCUUAACUGUUGGUGGAGGAGGUUGUCAUCCUGUUCUAAGCCAAACAUCCCCCUGCUCACAACAUCUGGUCAGUGGCUGGCAGGUUUUUGCAUCGGCUGGGGCACAGGCUGCUCUUGGAAUCCAGGCCAUGACCAGCAGAGGAGCUGCCAGGCCAAAUGGUCAAUCACAAGCUAGCAAGAUCUGUCAGUUCAAGCUAGUACUGCUGGGUGAAUCAGCAGUGGGCAAGUCCAGCCUGGUGCUGCGUUUCGUCAAGGGUCAGUUUCACGAGUAUCAGGAGAGCACCAUUGGUGCGGCUUUCCUUACACAAUCGGUAUGCCUAGAUGAUACAACGGUAAAGUUUGAGAUCUGGGACACAGCUGGCCAGGAAAGAUAUCACAGUUUGGCCCCUAUGUACUACCGAGGGGCUCAAGCUGCCAUUGUGGUGUACGACAUAACCAACCAGGAAACGUUUGCACGAGCAAAGACAUGGGUGAAAGAACUCCAGCGGCAAGCUAGUCCCAACAUAGUCAUAGCCUUAGCGGGAAACAAGGCCGAUCUUGCCAACAAGCGCAUGGUAGAGUAUGAAGAGGCCCAGGCCUAUGCAGAUGACAACAGUCUAUUGUUUAUGGAGACAUCAGCCAAGACAGCAAUGAAUGUUAAUGAUCUCUUCCUGGCGAUAGCUAAAAAGCUGCCAAAGAGCGAGCCCCAGAGCACAGGGGGUGCCGUCGGUCGGAAUCGAGGUGUGGAUCUUCACGAGCAGUCCCAGCAGAACAAGAGCCAGUGUUGUAGCAACUAAAUGGUGGCAUUGAGAGCAGCCAGCGAGAGAUAAGAUAUAACCUCCAUUCCCACCCCACUCCACCACACCUCACCUCCAAUAACAGCAUUGGCACACUUGGAAGCCGGCCCCCUUCCUUCUCCCGAGAGCUCCGUUUAACUGCACUUCUAAUGCUUCAGAAACUACCACCAGACGUCUGUUACCACUACCCCAAGGAAAGCGGAGAUAGACCGACCGGGGACUUAACUUCCAAAAGAAACUCUUCUUCACUUUGUAUUAUAGGUGCAAAUAGCUGCCUACUUACUUGGAUUCUCCUACUGUUUUCUCCCAGAUAGUAUUCCUUCUUCCAUCUCUCCUCCCCCAACCUCGAUAAAAUGUACUCUCGGUCCCAUAACUUACCCUCUCUACCUCUACCUCCCUUUCUUUUGUUCUGUGCUGUGGGGGCGGGUCAAAGGUGAGGGGAAACUUAUUUCUUGUCGAUUCAUUUUUAAGAGCAAGGUUAAUGGGUUUCCUCAGAAAAUGCUUUUUGAGGAGAUCCUCUCAAGAGUUCAUUUUUAUUUCCUGUCUUCAUUGUUCAGAAAAGCUGCAGUGUCCUUAAGUGUCCGUCCCACCCACCCUAGGGCAGUCUGGAGAGGGAGGAGGUAUCUGAACUCUCGCUGUGACAUAAAUGUGGCCCUAGGACUCAGCUGUGUGAACACAAGGAUCAUGUGUUUGCAUAGGGAGUAUGAAACUGCUUUCCCAAAUCCUCUGAUAGCACUUGAUUGUUGCCUUAGAAGUUCCACUGGGCAGGACAGGUGAGGGAGAUGAGAUUUGUAUGUGGAGCGUCCACAUCGGCCUGCACAGCUGAAGUCCCCAGUGUGUGUCUCCUCUCCCGCUGACAUUGAGGUUAUUUUCUGCAGCCUGCAUUUCAGCACUCAGGCGGCCUCAUUUUGGGACACUCUGUCCUUCUCAAAGCCGGAAGGAGCAGCUAGCUGAAGGAGGGAAGCGCAAAACUCUUUUAAUUCCCUUGGCCUACAGUAGGGAGGAGCCUGUCACAGUUCUACCAACUAAGCCUUCACCUGGCUGUAAUAUACCGCAUUCACAGCACUGUCCAUUAAUAGAAUUUUGUUCUAAGUUGCCAAAAAGGAGAAGGAUCACUGCAUCGUUUUGCAAAUCCGGGACAAGCCUAACGGUUGAGAUUAGUGUGGACUUAACCAAAGGUUUUGGCUAAGGGGAGAGGGAGGACCAAGACCGCACGCAAACGGGGCAAGAUAUGCUAGCAGGACCAGUACUGUAUUUUCUGCGUCCAUCUCCCUUCCAGUGAGCACCCGGCUUGCCUUGUGAUUUCCCCCUGCCAACCUCCUAGAAUUCCCUUGCGUACAAAAUUCGUCUUGCCCUGCGUAACAGCAUUGAGAGAUCGCAAUCUGGAUUGGCGGAGCAGUUCGGUCCCAUCCAUACCCGAAGGGCUGUAUAAACUUGAGAAGACUGUUUCGAUUAAACGUAACUCAUCCCUGUCGUGUUCCUUUUCCCCUGUAAAAAGUACAGCACAAAUUUCUAUGUAAAAAUUCCAGGGUGGAGCAUGGGGGUGAGAAAUUUUUUUUUUACUCCCCAGCUAUUAGCUAAACAAAGUAAUAGCUUUUAAAAUUUAGCUGUAGGUGUAGCUAAUCUGUAGGGCUGAGCAUGCUGCUCUCUCACCUGCCUCUUGCUCUUUGGACAGCUGGCAGUCCACGGUCUUUCGGAAACGGUCCCUCUUCUAAGCACUGGCCUUCACAGGGGAUGUUCUGGUGAGGAAGACCUCUCACAGUUGCCUGCCCCUAUAAUUGAGUGCUGACAAGCACCAUUUGGACUGCAUCAUGCUCAAAUGUGUACACACACACCCUUCUUCGUCUCUCUAGCGCGGUUUUAAACACUUAUACACAUGAUUUGCACCUGUACACUUCUCUACCUGUCAGUACCUAUUCAUCUGCGCACUUGAUCUCUAUCCAAGCAAGGUAUACACACUUCAGGUUUAGCACCACCUGACUGCCCCCGCAGGCCAACCUGGGAACUGUGUAGUUCCUGAAUUGCUAUAGGGAUGAGGAAGGAUAGCCCGCUUUUUAAAGUGGCUUUCUGGUGGUGGCCGCAUUCAGUCAGAAGCAUCUAAAGGAGGAGCUGGACUGACUUGCCUGCUCAAAACAAGAAUAUUCAAAAGCUAAGAUGACUUUGAGCAAUAGGUGUCCGGACAUGUUUGUUCAUGAGCUUGCAAUCGAAUUGACUCGGGAGGCUCCUCAUCACAGUGGAUGAGGCUUUGGUGAUGGCGUAGGCUGGCCAUGCAUAUCUGGGGACAGUUACUCCAGAAUAAGUCCAUUGAAAUCAGUUUUACGUUCAGAAAUCAAUGGGCUUAGGCCGGAGCAAAUUGGGCUGGAGUUGUAGAUGUGCCCUUGAUUACAUCUCACCAGGAUUUUCCUGGUGCUCGUUUCAAGUGCUGCGGCUCAAGUUGACUCAUAGCGCAGGGCUCUAGGGGAGAGAAUCCUGUAGCGGAACCUUGCCUCUUUAGUUGCAUUAACUGAAAACGUGUUGUUAUGCCUACAUAAUGUGGUAUAACCACUUCGGAGAACCCAGAACUGGGAAAUAAGCAUGACCUCUUGCAACCCGAAGAAGCUAGGGGGGUUUUGCUCUCAGCUUGUGGCAACACAAAACGAGACCCUGCAUUUAAAAUGUGCUUUUUUCUCCGGUUAGCGCUCACCAACUUUUCGUGUCCUGCUUCCUAGUUAGAUCCUGGACCAAGUUAGGACACUGCAGCUUUUUCUCUAAAAACAACAUCAACAAAAAACUUUUUCUUCUGAUCAGGUUUUGUUCUUUUUUUGCUUUUGAAGAAGCUCUUACGCUACAUUUAAAAUAACAAUCAUGGUAACAGAAUUCAACUGCUGAUUUACCAGUGUAUUUAAUGUAAGUAAACAAACAAAAAAAUCAGUGUA